AGCGUGAUGAAGAGUGCGCCGUCGCCUCUAUGGCAAGGCUCGCAACCCGUUCUCUACGUGGUGGCGUUGGCCUUUGCAGUCUUUGCUAACACGUUGUCGUGCGGGUUUGUCUGGGACGAUCGGGCCGCCAUUCUCACGAAUCGUGACAUUCGCUCGGACGACACGACCACCAUCGCCGAUCUUUUCCACCACGACUUUUGGGGCACGCCGAUCACGUCGCCGUCAAGCCACAAAAGCUUUCGCCCUAUCACGGUGCUGUCGUUUCGCCUCAACCAUGCUAUCGGCGCAUUCGACCCGUGGGGGUAUCACUUUGUCAACGUUUUGCUCCACGCUAUAACGUCGGCGCUGGUGGUGGUGGUCGGCCGUCGAGUCACAGCGUACCCGCGAGCGUCGCAACAGGUUCGAGCCCCUGUCUUAGCAGGUCUCGUCUUUGCCGUUCAUCCGAUUCACUGCGACUCUGUCGCAAGCGUUGUCGGGCGUGCCGACGUGCUGUGCACGUUGGUGUCGCUCGUUGCCGUGCUAGUGUACCAAAACGCAAUGGCUGGACAUACAAAGGCCAACUGGAUGUACUUUGGCACGGCAAUCAGCUUAAUUGUUCUCGCUACCAUGUGCAAAGAGUUGGGGGCGACGACCGUGGCGAUCUUGGUCGUGCUGGAGCUGUUGCAGCUCCGCCAGCAUCCCACGAUCGCGUACACGCCACCAUUUCGUUUGGGUCUCCUCGUCACGUUCGGGGUGUGCGCCAUUGCUGCGCGGGUGCUCCUGAACGGCCCGACGGUGCUGUACAAGUGGACUGAAAUGGAGAACGAUAUCUCACUGUUGCCGCUCGGGCUUCCGAAGGCGCUCACGAUUGCCCAUACACAUGCAUGGUACCUGUACAAAAUGGCAUGGCCCCAUUACCUGAGCUACGACUACGGGUUCAAAACAAUCCCGAUCAUUACGUCGGUGGCGGACCCUCGCAACUUGUUGACCAUCCUCGCGUACGGUUGCGUCACAGCCCUGGCCGUAGUGGCACUGCGGCAAUGGCGGUCGCGCCCGUCGGUCUUGGUCAUGGCAUCGUUUGCGAUCUUUCCUUUUGUACCUGCUGCAAACGUGCUCUUUCCAGUCGGCACGAUUGUCGCCGAGCGCUUGCUCUACUUUCCGAGUGUCGGUGUGAGUUUUCUCGUCGGAUUCACGCUGGAUAUGGCGAUCCAACGAGCCUCCCGGGUCCAGCACUUGGCAUUGCUCGGACUGGUUGCAGCGCUGCUGGUCGCUGCUGCCGCACGAACAAUCUCGCGCAACCUGGACUGGGCUGACGAAACUGCUCUGUUCGAGGCGUCGGUCAAGGUCGCGCCGUGGAGCACCAAAGUCCUGAGCAACCUGUCCAAGGUCCUCCUCAACUCGGACGCGCCGAGAGCGGCGGCGUACUUGGAACGGGCGCUGUACGUCCUGCCCCAGUAUCCCAUCGGCCACCUCAACCUGGGCCUGGCCUACGUCAACAUGGGCAAGCUCCUCCACUGCAUGGAUAGCUUGCUGAAGGCGAGCGAGAUCGAUCACUCCCUCGGGGCGUACUCGUACUUGGGCAAGUACAUGUAUGAGUUCCAUGCAUUGCACCAAAGGGACAAAGUCACAACGGAGGGACCGACGCACGCGUUGGUGACGUCGCAAAAGCUUCUCGACUUGGCCAUUUCACACAACUACAACCUACCCACGGUGUGGUUCACGCGGGGGCUCAUCGCGUUCUACGCCAACGAUUUCACGGGCGCCACCACGUUCUUUAAUCGAACGUUGCAAGAGAACCAUCGCGUUCGGCGGCGCGGCUACGACCUCGAGGAGCAAGUUGCGCCUUGCAGCGUGUACAACAUGUGGGCCCUGGCGGCGCAAAACGCGGGCGACAUGGCCAAGGCGGGCGAGAUUUUUGAAGCAGGUUUGAACGAAGGCGUGGCUUGCAUGGAGCUGUACAACAACGCAGGUGUGUGGCACAAAGAGCACGGCCACCUGGACAAGGCCGCCGAAUUGUACGCCACCGCGAUCGAGCUGUUCCCGGGACACGGGGCAUUGUUCACGAAUGCGGGCUUCCUCGCUGAAAGCAGAGGCAAUCGUCUCGACGCCAUAAACUAUUACCUCCACGCGCUCGAACUGGACCCGACCAACGCCCAAAUUCAAGCCAACUUUCAUAACCUCCAGGCCAAGUUGGCUGUCCCAGACGUCGAGUCGGAGCUUGCUCCGAUGCCGCUCGAGGCAUGGUGACAGUUCGCUUCACGCAUCCCCACGUGCCGAAGCGAUAACGAGUCCCUAUUGAGUUCGACGUCGCAGUUUGUCCAUCACAAAACUCCCUUCUUUGAUAUGAAAGACGCCGAAAGCAAACUGCCCGCAUCCUGUGGGUGCAAUCCAAUGCCCACCGCAACAAGUGC